AUGUCAAGUGAACAUCCAUUAAAGGGUCUAGCGUUCUGUUGUACCGGUAUUGAGAUACGAGAUCGUGAGUUAAUUUGUCACAAGAUCAAAUCACUAGGUGGGACCUUCUAUCCUGAUUUAAUGAGUGAUGUCAAUUAUCUUAUAGUUGGUGACAAACAGAAUCCGAAAUAUAAAUAUUGUAUUGAAAAUAGACAUGAUAUUGAAUUCUUAUUACCAAAUUCGAUAUUUGAAUUGUAUAAGAAAUGGAUUGAAGGUGAAAAGGAACUUUCAACUUUCAACUUACUUGAUUAUAAAUUACCAGUAUUUCAUACUUUGAAUGUUUGUAUAUCACGAGUUGAAUUCACUUCUGAUGAAAUUGAAGAUUUAUUCUUUAAGGUUCCAUUUAGAACAAAGUAUUAUACCCAAUUUAAAUCGAUAUUUGAUAAUGUGGAGCAGAUUAAGUUAUUAGUGAAGAAGUAUGGUGGAGAAGCUACGGAAUCGUUAAGUCUUUCAAAUAAUUGUAUGAUAUCAACCGAGUUAAGAGGGAGAAGAUUUCAAAAGGCAGUGGAAUGGAAUAAAGCAAUCGUCCAUCCGAUUUAUAUAAUUGAUUGUGUUAUAAGAGGUGCACCUUUGGAUUUUGAUUAUUAUUUAGUAAGCAAUGAUAAUAUUAAUUCAUUAUUUCCUGAUGCCAGUAAUGUAUGGGAUAAAGUUGUUGCUGAAAACAAAGAAUUAUCAUUCGUAUAUCGUCCGAUUGCAACAGAGCUAAGGGAUGCUAAUGCUAACAAGCCAUUGAAAAAGAAGAAAAAUGCUCAAAUAUGGGAUUCAAUCAUGAGUCAUACGAAAAGUCUACAAUCUUUAAGAUCUAAACGUGAUACAGCAUGGGACCAAGAUGAUGAUGAAAAUGAUGAAGAUGAAGAUGGAGAAAGCGUAGUAGAAGAAGGUAGAAAUAUUCAAAAUCCAUUAUUAAUUAAAGUUAUAGAAAACCAUGGAGGUGAAAUCACCAAUGAUUCGAAUGAUUCAACCAUAACGCAUAUAAUAUUACCUUCCUCCAUUGGAAAUUCGAAAUCAGUACAGAUGUUGAAGAUCUUACCAUCAACUAUAAAAUCCAAAAUCAAUAAUAAUGAUAUUAAAAUCGUAACCGAGUGGUUUAUUGAAAGAUCGAUAUUCUACAAAUCUAUAAUAUAUGAUAAAUGGAGCCAACCUAUAAAGGGAUUAAUCAAGUCGAAUAAUAAGUUUAAGAUUUGUUUAACUGGGUUCACGGGUAUUGAGUUAUUACAUAUUGAGAAAUUAAUUAAUUAUCUUGGGUUUGAAUUUUGUGAUUCAUUAACUAAUGAUAAAGAGUUAUUAAUCAUUAAUAUAAAUUUAUUCAAAACAAGUUUGGUAAAGAAUUCUCCGGCAUUGUUUAAAUAUAAGUAUAGUGAUGUGAUAGAUUGUCCAACUUAUCAAAUCCCAACUUCAAAUUCAUCAUCCUCAGUAUCAAUCAUAUCAUCAAAGAAUAAAAUCAAUGCGGCCAAGUCUUGGCAAAUCCCCAUUGUAUCGAUUGCUUAUCUUUGGGAGAUCAUGGAGUUAUCAAUUAAUAAAGAUAUAAUGAUUAUGCCUGAUAUUCUUGAUUUGAAAUGGUGUAUAUAUGCGCCCGUGUCCAUGGCACGUCCUCAUUCAAUGUUAGAGUAUGUUAAAAGGAUGACAUCGAAGGUUUCUGCCAAACAACAACUUUUUAAAAGAGGUAGAGGCAAUGAAAAUGAUGAUGAUGAAGAAGAUGAUACGAAUAAUUCUGAUCAUCAUGAGGAAGAUGUUAAUUCAGCGGUAGCUUCAAGUGAUGAAAAUAAAGAGAAUAAUAAUAAUAAUAAUAAUAAUAAUAAUGCUAUGAGAUUACCUUCUCCGAGAAAGGCUAAGAAGAAGCAGAAGUAUGGUAGAAUAGUUGGUAGAGAGUCAGAAGAUUCAUUAACGGCCAAGUUAUUGAAAGUAUCUAAUGGAGAAAGUAACCAUAAAGAUGGGGAUAGUUUCAUUAAUAUCAGUAAUGAAGACAGAGGGCAUGAAGAGGAGGUAGAUGAUGAUGCCCAGAAAAAUCAUGACGUUACCUUUGAAGAAGAUGAUAAUCAAGUAUCACAAGUUGGAUAUCAAGAUAAUGAUUCCGUAAGACAUAAUGAAGCAUUAUUGAAGUACUUGGAUAAUGCGAAGGAUAUGGUGGUUGAAUCUGAUGAUGAGGCUACUAAUAGUACAAAUAUAAACAGACGAAAACAACGGAAUACAAAGAAAGUAAGUAAAUAUUCUAAAUAG